AUGAUACAGGAAGCUUACAACCAGGGGAAAAAGGGAAUUCAAGCUCAUACUGAAAUCAAUAAUCAAAAAUCUCAGUCCGAUCCUCGUGGAGUGGUCCACCUUAACCAACUUCCUUCGUCAACAGGCAGUUCAGUUCCUGUGCAGGGACUUACAAAUCAUCCUCAGCAUAACCAGAUGCAGCGACCACCAAGUUCUUUUUCUAUGUAUACCAGCUCCGGUAGUUUUCACUCAUUCCCGGGUCCAAGCACCAAUGUUUCUGGUUCUUCUUUGAGACCACACCUUCAUGAUUCCCAUAUGAGACAUGUGGCACAUAACCAGACUGUGGGAUCAACUGGUCCUGGAGCACCUCCCCAGUCUACCACAAACAUGAUGACUAUGCCUAAGUUUGAGAGACCUGCUUCUGUUAAUGAUCCUAGUAGGGUUCAGGGCGGCGCUUUCCAGAACAGCUCAUCGUUGCCUCUAAAUUCUGCACCUAGUCAAGGAUCAUCACUGUCCCAUGUGAAGCAGGAAAGUUUUGAACAGAAUAAGGCAGCCCCAGGGACUUCGAAGGAGGAUUUAGAGAAGGAGUCCUCUAGAAUGGUUUUAUCCGCACCUAGAAACAUGGACCCUAACACAGCAAUGAAUUCUCGUGGUCCGUUGGGUACGUCACAAGCAGGUUUUAAUGCUAGGAUGCCACCCAAGAAGCAAACUGUCGGUCAGAAGAAACCACUUGAGACAUUAGGUUCUUCACCGCCACCACCAAGCAAGAAGCAAAAAGUGGUACCGAAUUCUGUGGAUCAAAGUAUUGAACAGCUCAAUGAUGUCACUGCAGUCAGUGGUGUCAAUCUCAGGGAAGAGGAAGAACAAUUAUUUUCUGGGGGCAAGGAGGAUAGUCGUGUUUCUGAAGCAUCUCGUAGAGUUGUGCACGAAGAGGAAGAAAGAUUUAUUUUGCAGAAAAGUCCACUGCAGAAAAAGCUGGCAGAAAUUAUGGCGAAAGUUGGGCUAAAGCAGAUAGGCGUUGAUGUUGAACGGUGCUUGUCUUUGUGUGUGGAGGAAAGGAUGCGAGGACUAUUAUCUCAUAUCAUUCGGUUGUCAAAGCAGCGGGUUGAUACUGAGAAAUCUAGACACGGGACCUUCAUCACGUCAGAUAUUCGGCUACAAAUCAACGAAAUUAACCAGAAGGUGAAAGAGGAAUGGGAAAAGAAACAGGCUGAAGCAGAAAAACUUAAGAAACCAAGCGAGAGUGAAGAAGGUGAUGGUGGAGUGGAUAGUGAGAAGGAGAAAGAAGACAACCGUUCAAAGGGUUUGAAGGGAAAUAAAGAGGACGACGACAGAAUGAGAACGACAGCAGCAAACGUUGCUGCUCGUGCUGCUGUUGGAGGAGAUGACACGUUUUUGAAAUGGCAAUUAAUGGCAGAAGCUCGUCAGAAGUCUGUAUCUGAAACUGGAAAAGACGGGAAUCAGAAAACUACUUCAGGUGGAGGAAGAAACUCCAAGGAGAGACAAGAUGGUGGACGUCGGUUUUCUGGACCUGGUGGUCGAAGAUUAGGGAAGAACCAAGUUCCAUGGCUUCAACCAAAAGUGGUGAGGACAAUAUCGGCGAAGGAUGGGGUUGCUGUCCUGGAAAGAGAGCCUCAGAUGUCUAAAUCCACUUUAAUGUAUCGAUUAAUUCAAUAGAAAAGCUUCACUGUCACAGAAUCAUUAUAUUUGCUUGUUACAUGUGUUUCAAUUAGGCAUAUACAUUUUACCCUGUAUCCGGUGUUGGACCAUGAUUUGACCUGAGAUCAUGUCAAGACCGUAAGAUCGACCAACUUUCUAGUGCUGGUUAUUAUUAUUAUUU